CUGCCGUGACGCACUUAACCUGAGCUACUGACGUCACUUCCAGGCGCCGGGUGGCACGUUGGCUGGGCUUUCGGCGCGUUUCCAGGGUACAAAAAUGUCUAUGGCUAGUGAUUUCUACCUGCGCUACUACGUAGGGCACAAGGGAAAGUUCGGACACGAGUUUCUGGAGUUCGAGUUUCGGCCGGACGGAAAGCUAAGAUAUGCCAACAAUAGCAAUUACAAAAAUGAUGUCAUGAUCAGAAAAGAGGCGUAUGUCCACAAAAGUGUAAUGGAAGAACUGAAGAGAAUAAUUGAUGACAGUGAAAUUACAAAAGAAGAUGAUGCUUUGUGGCCACCCCCUGACAGAGUUGGCCGGCAGGAGCUUGAAAUUGUAAUUGGAGAUGAACAUAUUUCUUUUACCACAUCAAAGAUAGGUUCCCUUAUUGAUGUAAAUCAGUCAAAGGAUCCUGAAGGCCUUCGAGUAUUUUACUAUUUGGUACAAGACUUGAAAUGUUUAGUUUUCAGUCUCAUUGGAUUACACUUCAAGAUUAAACCAAUUUAAAUUGUAUAUUUGUGAAGUUCUUUGUAUAUUUGAGGGGUGGGGGAGAAAGGGUUUGUCAUUUAUAAUAUUUGGAUUUUUAUGAAUGUGAAAACAAACUUUUUGUAUGUAAACUGAACAUGUGAAAAUAUAUAAACAGGCUUAAUGAUUUUCCUCCCUUGGGUCUAAGUGGCUAAGACUGUCCACAUAUACAUUAAAUUCUGUAAAUAAAAGUCACUUUUUGUUGAAAUUUUGCUCUAAUAAAACAUACCAAGCCUGAA